AUGGAUAAAAUUAAUAACGAAAGUCCAGUGCAACUCAGAUAGUAGAACACAAACAAAGGUUAAGAGACUAAAAAUGUAUCUCCAAGGCUUGAGCUAAUUGAAAACAAUAAGAUAAGCAAUGUAUUAUCACCCUAAAAUUAAAGUAGAAGAGAAAGUCUUAUUAAGGAUGUGAAGGCUGAAACCAAGACUACAGAUAAAAAAUAAUAUAUAAAUUAAAAUGUAACGAUAGGUUUAGAAUAAGUAAAAAGAGUUAAUCCUAUAGCAGGUCCAGCAUCUACCUCAGAUAACUAACAGACGAAUAGAUCCUCUUUAAAGGCUUCUUAAGGAGAUGAAAAAUAUAGUAAAUUAAAGCAGUUUUAAAUGGCUGGAUAGCUUUAGUCAUUUGAUAUAAUUUGGUUUGAUCUAGUAACAAAAUCUAGGUCUUUAAUCUAAGAAAUAACUGAACCAUUGAUUGAGAGAUAGCAUGAUAUGCGAGAUAAAUUACAGCAGACUAAUAGAAUAAUCGAUGAUUAGGAUAGAAGAAUCAAAGACAUGGAAUAUAUAGUACUUUAGAAAGGAAAUAGAAUAGAUGUGUUUGAAUAGUUUCAACAAAAGAUAGAAUAAGUUGACUAAAGAGGCAAAGAAAUGAAUAUUGCUUUGGAUUUAAAAAUUACAAAAAGCGAUCAGAAAAUGGAGGAAAUAUCAUUUAAACUUGCUAAUUAUGAGAAAAUUAUGAAAUCCUUGUUAGACAGAGUUUUGUUUGAAGUUGAAAAAGUCGUAGUAUGGGACAAACUUGAGAGUCAUACAACCAGAUUGUUUGAGGCAGAAAAUAAUAAUCAUACUCUGCAUAAUUACGUUGACAAGUAUCAACAAAUUAGAUUCUAAAAUUAAUUGACUGAUACAUUAAUGGGAGUCCUGAGUUAAAAAGAGAGAAGGAGAUUAGAGAAUUAUGAUUCAGAUAAAAUGCCUUUGCUUUAUAAAAUUGCACUAGAAGAUAAUGGGCAGAUAACUAACAUUUAGAAAAUGAUAAUCUAGUUAAACGAAAAAGCAAAAAGAGAGACUGAGGAAGAAGAGAAGAAAAAAAAGAGAAGGAACAUUGCCUCAGAAGCAUCAAAAAGUUAAUCAGAUGUUAACAGUACAGUUGGUGGUGGAGAAUUUUAAUUCAAUAAAAAAGGUCAUAGUAUAGGAGGCUAAUCAAAAAGAGGUACUUCAUAAUUUAGAAAUACAAUACAUACUGAGGAAGGCUUUGAAAUCAAAUCUGAGGAAAGUGAAGUUGAUGAGGGAAGAUAAAGCGUUGCUGAAAUGGAUGAUGGGAUAUCAAGAAAGAGAAGUGUUAUCAAUAAAACACCAAGGACUGCAUUACACAAAGGUUCCUAAUGGGGUUAAUAAUCAAAAGCAACAGAUGAUAACUACAACUAUAAUCUGGUUGAUCUGAUUUAAUCAGAUUUCAGCAUUUAAGAGGAUGAUGAUGAUUUUGACUUGACUAAUGAAUAGCUUAUAAAAAUCAUGAAAAUAUUUCUUUACAAGAUGAAUCUAACAAGUAAAAAAAUAGAAUUUGUAAAGCAAGAUUUCAAUAAAACCAUCGAGAAUGCUUAACAGUAAAACUAAUUUUAUACAAAAUCAACAUUUGAAGAGAUAUCAUAAUUCAUCCAUACUCUUCAUUCAGAUUUUGAAAGUUUCCUGAAGAAGCAUAAAAAAGAGCAUUCUGAAAUAGUAUAAAAAGUAAAUUCAAUUGACUAGAAAGCUAACUAAGCAGACUUAUCUUCUUAAGAUAUAAGAUAAAGUGUAGAAUCCUACUCAACUAUGCUUUCAUGUCUUGUGGAAUUUUGUAAUAUUGAAUAAGCAUUAGCUCUUUAAGAUGAGUAAGAUAGACAGAAAAUCUAAUUAAUAGGUUCUAAAAGUACAUUAAAAGGUGAAAAGCCCUCAAAUGACUAUAAUCAAUUACAAUAAUAGUUUUAAGGAUUUGGAGGAAUCAACUUUAAUGCAUCAUUGAAUCAAGGAAUGUCAAUUGGAGGUACAACAACAAAUAUUCAUAACAACUUUGGAAUCAAAUCAACAUAUAGGUCUAGAAUGUCUAACAUUAAAAUUAAGAAUGCUUCGAACGUAUAAAAUGAUGAAUUUCUCUAAAGUCUAAGUGUCAGAGAGGAAAGCUAGCCAGAUCUUAAUGAUAUUACUAUGCAGGGGUAAACAAACAAAAAUGUGAUUGAGAUUGAUAAAAACUGUCUUGCAUGCUAAGGAUAGUCAUCACAUAUAAUUCAGCAAUUCAAGAUGGCUUGCUUGUCUUACACUCCAAGUCUUGUUGUAUAUAGAAAUGAAAAGUUUAGCAGAUAAAGUCUUAUGCAAAUGCGAAAUAUUUUGAUGUAAAAAUGUGAGGAAGUUAUUAAUGAGAACUAUCUACUUUUUAAAGACAGGGGUUUAUAAACAUAAAAAGUAUUUAAAGAUCUGGUUUAAUACUUCUAAGGCAAAAAUAUUACAGAUGGGCAGUUUAUAGCUCAUGAUGGGAAAAAAAACAGGGAAAAAUUGAACAAGAGUAUGAUAAUUAACAUGAAGGCAGGACAAAAUGAAGCAUCAAGAAAUUUCUCUCAAAGUAGGAAUAUUCCAGGUACAGUUAAUUCUAGUGGCUUACAUAGUUAGCUAGGAUAAAAUGCACCCUCUCUCUACUAAACUCAGAAGACUGCAGACCCUGAGAGUAACAUAAGACUUUUUAAGCUAAGAUAGAAUAACAAUUAGCAUUAUGAGACAAUGAUUCCACAAAAUACUAGUAAAUCAUCUAAGUCACAAUAAAGAAGGUAAAGCAACAAGAGUAACAUUAAUAAUUUGAACAAUAAUUAAGGUGAUAACCCAUUGGAUGAGGUUAAAACUAUAGGGAAAAAUGAUGAUAAAAAUCUGACUUUCCAUAACAGAUUUGCUUCUCUUUAAGUUACAAAUCAUGAGCUUAACUUGCCUUCUAUUAACCUAAUAUGA